AUGUCUCGCGUUAGUCUGACUCGAGACUCUGAUGAAGAGGACGAGCGACCGCCACAGCACACUACCCACCCCGAGUACGAUUCUACGAUCACCUUUCACGAGAUCCUUCGUCAACAUGAACAAUAUCAACAACAAGCACUGCACGAACACCAACAACCACACGAACAACAUGACUGGAGCACAGCAUUAUACCCCAAUCUGAGUGAUCCUUGUAACAAGCGAAUGAUUGCUGAUCUGCCUCCCCUCAAAUGGGGAGCCGUUCCUCUAGUACGACAAAUAGGCGACUCGGCGGUCAGUCAGGGACUAUCCGAUAAGUUUGCCGAGUUCUACGAUCUACAAGAACGAGACCUGGAACGACUGGAACAACACCAUCAGCUACAACAACGCCUGCAAUUCCAAGACCAACCGGCAGACAUGACCUCGUUGCCACAACGAGCUUUCUCUGCUCCCCUGCACACACCAUCCGCAGGAGGAAUGGCUCCGCUAUGCGACCCUUCUUCUGCUUCACUCAUGCCACCGGCGUUUCAAUCGUCACAAAGCACUGCAUACCCAUUAUCUGGCAGCAAUCGAUACGGAGAUAACGGCGAUGGAACUGGUGCCCUCGCAAGUCCACAUCGCCGACACUCUCCACCUAGAACCGCACUGCCGCCCGUGCGACGACAACAACGCCAUUCCACAACUGCCGUACCGGGCGACAUUGAAUCGAGCAGCUCGGGGCUCAGACCCCGGGUCAAUUACAAGGCCAUUUAUAACCGACGCUUUAGUUCGGCGUCGUCAGCGGCUACCCCUCCCAAUCUAGAAGCAUCCUUGUCAGGAUUCAGCUGUGGAGGAGACAGUGAUGAUAUGGGCGCGGGUGGAAGUUGUGGUAGUGGAGACCAUCAUCAUCAAGACUUGGCGGCCUGCAUGGAAGAAUCUACCACUACUUCCACGACUAUGAUUGGAAGCAGUAGACGAUCCUUCUUGGACCACGAGUCCAGCCAUCAGCCACUGCAUCACCACUACCACCACCAUCCAGUUAUGGAAGAAGAGGAAGAAGAACCAGUGCCUCAAGAAGACCACUCCGAGUCAGAAUCGGCUCCUGCGAGAACCAUGGAGAUUGCACCCAACGUGCAUGUGCAAGUACGAUCUAGCCAAGAGACCUACAAGGCCGUGCAGUCAGGAGACUACACGGUUGCCACAUGCUUUGCAUGUUGUGCUACCAUUGUUUGUGUCAAUGAUGCUGCAUACGUACUAUGCCCGGACUGCCAAGUAGUAUCCCCACUGGGAUUCGGAGCUCCCACGGCGGAUGCAUCCAAAAAGGAUGAUCCAUACGGCAUUGGCACUGGUCUCAAGCGAGAAUGGGUCGAUGAACAUGUCCGAUGA